AUGCAGCUAGUCACUAGCAAGCGAUCAGACCAAUCAGCGGGAGGCUCCUUUACGGAGUUAGGCUUCACCUCCGAGAGCAGACCUGUCCUCCAUGGACAGCGAGGUGCUCCAGAUCACCAGGUUGAGUUCACGUCAGCGUCGAGACAUGAUGAAACAGACACGUCCUCCGUGUGGAGGUUGAACGCAAUUCCAUCGCCGCGGAAACGAUGGAAGGAUCUCUGUGUCCGCAAGGAAAUCAGACGAGUCAAAUGCGAUGAAGCCAAACCAUCAUGCGAACGAUGUACUCGCACAGGCCGCAACUGCGAUGGAUAUCCAAUUCCCAGGCGACCGCCGCCUGCGGCACUCCUAAUAGUCCUGCAUGAAGGCGUACAGGUCGAAGAUCAACAGGCCGCGGUCGCAUGCCACUAUUUCUACGAGGUUUGUGCUCCGACUCUGGUCAACUAUGGGAGUGCCUCCUUCUGGAACCGGCUGGUCCUCCAAGCCUGCCAAUCCGAGGAGAGCAUCAGGCACCUAGUGAUCGCCGCCGCACAGCUGGACAUGCAUCUUCGCCAGCCCUCCCUGCUUCGUAGCAAUGAUGACAGUGCUCCAUUCCGCUGGCACUAUGGAAAAGCUCUUCGACUCAUAAGUCGGGCCACAAGUCCAGAUGCAGCGACAGUGUUGGUCGCAUGCCUCCUUCUGAUGCUCUACAACGAGCUCCAGCAAAACCAUUUUCCCGCACUACAGCAUUUGAUCGCUGGGAGGAAGAUCAUCACCGCGCAUUAUUCACUCGCAACGAGUCCAACGCAGAACACCGCCAUUGAGGAAAUCAGCCACAUAUUUUCAAAGCUGGAGCUCCAGACGAGUGAAUUUCACAAACAUCUCGUUCCACCACACCGCAGGCUACCUACCUACUUGACCCCCAUUGAAUCUUCAGACACAGACGACAUUCAACGACACCUUUGUACUCGGUGCUGCAUCUCCGCCUUCACCGGCCUCGAAGAAUCCGCGCUCUCCUUGCACACCCUCGCCUUAGAAUGCACAGGAAUCCGCCUUUCCGGUCCACCGCCACGCACCCGAUUCCACACCGUACCCUCUCUAACAUCGCGCCUCAACAACUGGUACGCGUGCUACAGCGCCUUCGAGAAGGCCCUCCCCACGGAGACCACCCUCAAGGAUUUCGGUGACCUGAACGUCCUCCGGAUCUACCACCUGUGCCUCGAGAUAAUCUCGCGGUGCGCGCCGUUUGACAACCAAGAGAUGGCAUAUGACGGCUAUGCGACCAGCAUCGAGCUCGUCAUGGUCAGCUGCGGGAUCCUCAUGACGGCGGAAGUCCGCUUACGGACCGCGAAGCUCCUCCCGCCACUGUUCUUCGUGGCGACCAAGUACCGCGGUGUGGACUACCGACGACGCGCCGUUACGGCGCUGAGGCGCUGUGGAGCCGACGGACAGCUGCUCGCGGAGAUUGCGGUGCGGAUCAUGCGCGUUGAGGAACGCGGUGUGCGGCUGCCGGUCGUCUGCUCUGAUAUCCCUGAGCAGGAUCGGGUGCAGCUGUGGAGGGUUGAGCUGGAUGAGGCCGGGCAGUUCUAUACCGUGUACUUCAGGCGUUGUUCGGCCAUGUCCGCACCUGCUUCACCGUUAGCGGAUCAUGAUGUCGAGCAACUUGAAGGCCAUUUGACCUUCCCGUCACAGGGCUGGGUUUGGAGUUGUCCCAGGGUUAUAUCUCGUCGUAUCGUAAGGGUUCCCCUAAAUUCCCUAUUGAGUAUAUAG